CUCUCCAGACCUUUAAGGAGUCCUGUCUUCAGUUCUACCACUCAGAGCUGGAGCAGCUGUCCUUCGUCAAAGCAGCAGAGGAGUCCCGGAAACACAUCAACACGUGGGUCUCCGAACAGACUGAAGGGAAAAUUCCAGAGUUGCUGUCGGGUGACUCGGUUAAUUCAGAGACCAGGCUGGUUCUUGUCAAUGCUUUAUAUUUCAAAGGAAAGUGGCAUCAACCAUUUCAUGAAGAUUGCACAAUAGAAAUGCCCUUUAAAAUAAACCAGAGGGAGGAAAGAACAGUACAGAUGAUGUGUCAGGAAGACACUUUUAACAUCGCCUACGUGAAUGAAGUUCAGGCGCAGGUGCUGGUGAUACCCUAUAAGGGCAUGGAGCUGAGCUUGGUGGUCCUGCUCCCAGAUGAUGGUGUGGACCUCAGCCAGGUGGAAAACAAUCUCACUUUUGAGAAGUUAACGUCCUGGACCAAACCAGACUUUAUGAGGAGCACUGAUGUUGAGGUUUUCCUUCCAAAAUUUAAACUGCAAGAGGAUUAUGACAUGGAGUCUGUGUUUCAGCGUUUGGGGAUGGUAGAUGUCUUCCAAGGGGGCAAGGCUGACUUGUCAGGAAUGUCUCUGGAGAGAGACCUGUGUCUGUCCAAGUUUGUUCACAAGAGUGUUGUGGAGGUCAAUGAAAAAGGCACCGAGGCUGCGGCAGCAACUUCGGCCAUUGUUGACUACUGUUGUGCCUGUGAAGUCUCAAUAUUCUGUGCAGACCACCCCUUCCUUUUCUUCAUCAGGCACAACCAAACCAACACCCUCCUGUUCUGUGGCAGGUUCUCUUCUCCGUAAAGGCACAUUUACUAUGUGGGAAACAGUUACUCUUACAGCUCUGUGAGGAUGGGCAUAUGGGGGACACCAUGUUCCAAGAUGAGGGCACUUUCCCCCUGGCAGCCUGAUCUUAGGAUGCCCACAUUCCCCUCCCCUAUCCUGACAUUCAUCAGUGCCCUUUGCCAGGUCACAGGAUCACAGAGUGGUUGGGUUUCCUGUUGUGUAAACAACAAAGGAGACAAACAUUUCUCACAAGAGAGACUGCAAAGUUCUCUAGGGUGGCCCCAAAUAAACGCCCCCUCACUGCACAGACAAGCCAUGCCAGCUCUACACGCUGUCCUGUCCUGGCUCCUUGACUCUCGCCAUCACUCGCCUUGACCUGCUUACAUCACAGUAAAUGCUUCUGUGGAUGAUGACAGCCACUGCAGUUUACUAGUGAUUGGUCCUUAAUGCACAUUUUAACUUUAUCUUCUUUGCUGCCCACCACUCACCUGGUAUGUGCCAUCACUGUGUUAGGCUUGGGGACAGUGGAGACAGUGUGGUCCUCUAACAGCUGGCCUUUACUAUCUGCUUUCAACUUAUCUAGCUUGGACUGCCAUAUGUUCCCUUGCAGAAGUCAUGCUUCUGUAGACCAUUUUGUUUCUCUGUCACUAUCUAUUAUAGUUAAAUUCUACAAAGUCCUUAAAGGUUAUUUCAAAAUGAAUUUAUUUUUCUCACCAACCAUGUGUGCACUUUGAACAUUAAUUUGGCCACUUAGAGUGGUUGCUUUAUCUGUUAACCUUCUCCAUCUUGGAUAAUCUCCCAAAUAGACUCCAUGGUGACCAAGGGAUGGGGUUAUAUCUCACUAUGCUAUACAGCCUAUCCUGUGCCCCUUCCAAGCAGUUAUAAGUGAUUUCACCGUGUAAGACUGACAUAAUGGGGCUGGAGAGAUGGCUCCGAUGUUCUGACUCCUACUGGCUCCUGUAUGCAGAUGGUGUAUGUAUCCUCACUCAGACGCACACACAUAAAAGUACAUUUAAAAAUAAAGACAUUUUUUAAAGAA